AGUUCUCACUCACAUCAUCUCUAUGUGUCUCACAGUGUGACGCUCAGACAGCAGGAAGACAUCAUGGAGGUCACAGCGCUCUGCAGCACACUGUUGACGUGUGUGAUCAUUCUGUUGGGUGUUCAUGUUCAGAAGAGCUCUACGCAGAACGAUGACUCAGCUUUGGAGAUGAUUGCAGAGAGACUGCAGCUCUUUGAAUACACACCCUUCUCUUUUCUCUGCGAGGGUCCUGGCUCUGCUCUGAGAGGGUUCAGGAAUAACAAUGAGUUAAUUCAGGGUUGUUAUAACACUGAUUCAUCAACACUGAACUGCACCAUUACAUCAGCCUUUGCAUUGGACAGCGGGGUUUACUGGUGUGAGGAUGAGGAAGGAGAGAAGAGCAACUCUGUGAACAUCACCGUCACCGGUGGUUCUGUGAUCCUGGAGAGUCCUGUGCUUCCGGUGACGGAGGGAGAAUGUGUGACUCUGAGCUGCAGAAACAAGACAAUGACUUCCUCCGUCCUCUCAGCUGAUUUCUAUAAAGAUGGCCGCCUCAUCAGGAGCAGCUCUACAGAGAACAUGAACAUCCGCAGGGUUUCUAAAUCUGAUGAAGGACUCUACAAGUGCAGCAUCUCUGGUGCUGGAGAAUCCCCAGAGAGCUGGCUGGCUGUCAGAGCGUCUGCAGCUCCUGUUUCGCCUUCCACUUUCUCCCCAUGGAUCAUUGUGUCCAUUUCAUUGAUGAUUCUGCUGCUGGCCGUGGGAUUACAUCAACUGUGGAAAAGCUAUCGGCACAGAGUUUUGCUCUUCCUGUCCACACGAACACCUGCAUCAGGCUCGGCUGAGGAUCACACAGUUUCAGAAGGGGCCAGUGCAGUGGAUUCAAGUCAAAUGACCUAUACUGUGGUGUCAAAAACCAGGAAGAAGACGGAUGUGGAUCAAUCAUAUCCAGCAGCCGUUUACUACACCUUGGGCCUGGGAGAAACUCCACAGGAGCCGUCUGUAAGAGAGGAAGACUUCUAUUCCACAGUAAAGGAGGUGAAGAUGGAGCUCUGAAAAGCUGUUUCACACAGGGUACCUAAAUGGAAAGGUGAAAUCAGUGUCAUUGGUAAUCAUGCUUUAAACUGUCACAUGAUUGAAUGAGGUCUUCUGCCGUACAGAGCAGAUUGACCCACUGCCUCUCGGUGUGGUGUACAGCGGCCUACAGAGGGUCCCCAGCACGGCUGCCCCCACCCUCAAUACACGACAUCGCAGACACAGAACAUCACCAAGGACUCCUCCCACCCCGGACCCCACCUGCUCCCCCACCUGCCUCCACACUGAACCAAACACACACAGCGCCUCUGCAACCCCCAGCAUGAACUUAGAGCCUCUGUCUUCUUUCACACAGCCACCAGGUUCUUAUUUGACCUGCCUUAUUUGUUCAGCAAAGCGCUUUAACUGUGUCUCAGUCUGUUAUUGCGUGUCCCUUUUUGGAACAGGCACUAGUUUCUUCAUUGUUUUUGAUAAUGACAAUAAAGGCUUCCAUCUUCAA